GAGCGAAAGGUGCCGGUCACGAGGAUUGGACGCCUGGCCAACUUUGGAGGUCUGGCUGUUGGCCUGGGUUUUGGGGCACUGGCUGAAGUCGCCAAGAAGAGCCUUCGCCCUGAGGAUCCCUCAGGAAAGAAGGCCAUACUGGACUCCAGCCCCUUCCUGUCAGAGGCCAAUGCAGAACGCAUCGUGCGGACGCUCUGCAAGGUCCGUGGGGCGGCGCUCAAGCUGGGCCAGAUGCUGAGCAUCCAGGACGACGCCUUCAUCAACCCCCAUCUGGCCAAGAUCUUUGAGCGUGUGAGGCAGAGUGCCGACUUCAUGCCCCUGAAGCAGAUGCUGUACCCCGGCGUAGCCCAGAGCAUCAACAGUGAUGUGAACAACCUCAUGGCCGUGUUGAACAUGAGCAAUGUGCUUCCUGAAGGCUUGUUCCCUGAGCACCUCAUUGACGUGCUGCGGCGGGAGCUGGCCCUGGAGUGUGACUACCAGAGAGAGGCUGCCUGUGCCAAGAAGUUCAGAGAGCUGCUCAAAGACCACCCGUUCUUCUAUGUGCCCGAGAUCGUGGAUGAGCUCUGCAGCCCCCACGUGCUGACCACUGAGCUGGUAUCUGGCUUCCCACUGGACCAGGCUGAGGGGCUGAGCCAGGAGAUUCGCAAUGAGAUCUGCCAUAAUAUCCUGGUCCUGUGCUUGCGGGAGCUCUUCGAGUUCCACUUCAUGCAGACAGACCCCAACUGGUCCAACUUCUUCUACGACCCGCAGCUUCACAAGGUGGCUCUUCUGGACUUUGGGGCAACUCGGGAGUAUGACAAAGCCUUCACUGACCUCUACAUCCAGAUCAUCAGGGCUGCGGCAGACAGGGACCGGGAGAAGGUGUUGAAGAAGUCCAUAGAGAUGAAAUUCCUGACUGGCUACGAAGUCAAGGCCAUGGAGGACGCCCACCUGGACGCCAUCCUCAUCCUGGGGGAGGCCUUCGCCUCUGAGGAGCCCUUUGACUUUGGCACCCAGAGCACCACGGAGAAGAUCCACAACCUGAUCCCCGUCAUGCUGAAGCACCGCCUGGUGCCCCCGCCCGAGGAGACCUACUCCCUGCACAGGAAGAUGGGGGGCUCCUUCCUCAUCUGCUCCAAGCUCAAGGCCUGCUUCCCCUGCAAAGCCAUGUUCGAGGAGGCCUACAGCAACUACUGCAAGGGCCAGGCUGCGCAGCAGUAGCUGUGGGCCCCGCC